AUGACCAAACCGCAUCUGGAGUCCCCAGUCUCAACUCUAACCCCAACCCCGGCUACAAAUACCGAGAUGAAAGACUGUAGUGCGGCAAUGAACGAUGGUAAAGGCUGGGAUGGCAAGCUUCGGGUCGAGCGCCAUGCCGUGCUUGCAAAUCCUGAAGCUCUCGAAGACCAAGACCAUUCAGAUGAAAAUGACCCGCCCCCGGAAACGAUAGAGGCUGAUGAGGACCUGCUCUCGGAUUUGGCUGACGAUGUUGAGAAGCUCUGCCUCCGACAGAACCAAAUAUCUCAAAUCAAUUUUCCAGAAAACCUCGGCCCAACGCUUACCGAUUUAGAUCUCUACGACAAUUUGAUCACGCGUAUUAAAGGACUAGAUGCCCUCACAAAGCUCACCAACCUGGAUUUUAGUUUCAACAACAUCAAACAUAUCAAGAAUAUCUCGCACUUGGUACACUUGAAGGACCUAUACUUUGUGCAGAAUCGAAUACAAAAGAUUGAGGGGUUGGAUGGAUUGAGGGCGUUGAGAAAUUUGGAGCUUGCGGCCAAUAGGAUUAGGGAGAUUGAGAAUCUGGAUGACCUCACUGCUCUAGAAGAACUGUGGUUAGGAAAGAAUAAGAUCACCGAAAUCAAGAACAUCGAUGCCCUUACCAACCUGAAAAUCAUCUCUCUCCCUUCAAACCGCCUGACAACCAUCUCUGGCCUCUCAAAUCUCCAUAACCUCGAAGAGCUCUAUGUCUCUCACAAUGCUAUCACCGCUAUAUCCGGUCUAGAAAAUAACACCAACCUCCGCGUCCUCGACAUCUCCAGCAAUCAGAUCAGUAAACUAGAAAAUAUAUCGCAUCUCUCCCAUCUCGAAGAGUUCUGGGCUUCCAACAACCAGCUUGCUAGCUUCGAUGAAGUCGAGCGUGAGUUGGGAGAUAAAAAGGAGCUGAAGACAGUGUAUUUUGAGGGGAAUCCUUUGCAAACGGCCUCUUCGGUGCUCUAUAGGAAUAAAGUCCGGCUGGCAUUGCCGCAGAUUCAACAGAUUGAUGCGACGUACUUGCGUGUAUCGUAAGAAGCAUGUUAUUUUAGUAACCGCUCCCCUCCCCUGACAUUUCUCACCGAGACUGCCAGCAGGAUGCAGGAAACAAGAGGAGUGUCUUCAAAUAUGGUCUACGUUCACAGCGCGUCUCCUUAUAAUAAAAUAUCGCUUCGUAGAUGUGGUAGACAU